AUGAAUGAAUUCUUAUACUAUAUUGAUGAUUUAUUAUAAUAGCAUGUAAGCUCAGUGAAAAUUCGAUUCUUAUUGGAACUAAAAUAAGGAUUUUUAUUAUAAAAAUAAAAAAUAAUUAGCCUGUAAAAAUUGCAUUUAUUAAUUAAUUAAGAGAGACACAAAAAAAAAUAGGCAAAUAAAUACAUUUCCAUAAAAUAAAUAAUUAGCUACUGGUAAUAUUUGAAGAUAGGGUCAAUCAAAUUCACUCAUUCAUUCAAUCUGAUAAUAUAAAAGAGAGUAAGACUAUUUAUUUAUUUUGAAAAAUAUAUUUAUUUAUUUACAAAUUGA